AUGGCAGAAACAGUGGUGAUCCACAGAGAUGACAUCAUCAUGGAAGGCUUUUUGGUCAAACAGUCGAGACAUCUGAAGGAAUGGCGGCAGAGAUGGUUUGUUCUCACACCGCAGUACCUUUGCAGUUUCAGAACACAAGGCGAGUACAGAAAUCCCACGGAGUAUAUUCGCUUGUCUGAAUGCUCCACUGUGCGAUCGGUUGACGAUCAGACCGGAAAGGAGAACUCUUUUUGCGUCCAGUGCGACAGCAGAGCCUUCUUGCUCAUUGCUGCCAAGGCGGAGGAUAAAGAGCUUUGGAUCUCGCGCAUUGGCCGUCUCAUGAUUCGUCGGGCUGUCAUGCUGGAGGAUAACGAUUUUGAAUGA